ACGUCAGGCUGUUGUCUAUCUUGGAUUCAAUGCAAGAUGUCCACUGAAGUCGAGUUUUUGCGUGAUCAAGUCCAAAGGCUGAACUCUGCCUUGAGUCACUAUCAGGAUAGGCACCGCUCUGAAGCCACAUCAGCACCACAGGGUGAAGAGGAGAGACACACAGAGACCCCAGCCCCCUGGCUGUCUGACCAGAGUAUAAUGGCUCCCCUCCUAUCAGAGUAUGACCGUCACAUGGAUGACAUGACUGAACAACUGCAGAGCUACCAGAUGCAGAUGACUGCCAUCAGACUGAAGCUGGACACGGUGGUCAAGGAGAACGAACGGCUGCAUGCCGAGCUGAGGGAGUCCGUAGAGAGGCAGCUGCAGACCCUCCCAGUCAGUACAGGACCAGGUGUGGAGGGGGACACACUGGGGGACGAGGGGCUCAUCAGCAACCUUCACCAACAGAUACAGCUCUCUGUACAGGAGCGAGACCAGGCCAUGGAGCUGUGGCAGGCCUCAGCCCAGGAGCUGGACCGUUUACAGCAGCUCUACCAGAUAACCACCUCUGACGGACAGCUCCAUGUUGCCGAGCAACAGCGCCUCAAGGAUCAACUGAUCCAAUUCCAGCAGCACAUCCAGAAACUCCAAGUCACCAAUCAGAAACUGGAAUCUGUAAGUUGCAGCCAAUCACUAGGUCAAAUAUAUAUAUGUGUGUGUAACGUUAUAAUAGUGUUUCUGAUAUUGAAUGUAGAAUGUUGGGUCAUUGGUAAAUAAUGAGUCUGUUUUACACAUGGCUACAACACAACACACUAACUAGACCAGUCAGUCAGUCAGUCUGUUUUACACAUGG